AUGCGGCAGCUGCAGAUCAUCUUGCUCUGUUUUCCCUGGUCUCUUGCGUUGAGCGGCCACCCUGAGCCUGAGGCACCAGAUGAUCUGGGUGAGCUCCACUGUGGGCUCCGGGGUCUCCGGUUCACUGUAAACCUGAGCCAGGGGACAGCGACUCCUACGCUAAUAGCUUGGGAUGACCACGGGCUGCCACGCAGGCUGCAGAAUGACUCUGGCUGUGGUACCUGGGUGAAGGAGGGCCCAGGAAGCUCCAUGGUGUUAGAAGCCUCUUAUGAUGGCUGCUAUGUCACCGAGUGGGUGAGGACGACUCGAUCACCAGAAAUGCCGAGACCCCGUGUGUCACCAUCAGGGGUGUCUCCCCAGGACCCCCACUAUGUCAUGCUGGUUGGAGUUGAAGGAGCAGAUGUGGCUGGACGCAACAUGGUUACAAAGACACAGCUGCUCAGGUGUCCUAUGGAUCCCCCAGCCCUAGAUGUUCCAAAUGCUGAUCUGUGUGACUUUGUCCCAGUGUGGGACAGGCUGCCAUGUGUUCCUUCACCCAUCACUGAAGAAGACUGCAAGAAGAUUGGUUGCUGCUACAAUUUGGAGGUGAAUUUCUGUUAUUAUGGAAACACAGUGACCUCACACUGUACCCAAGAUGGCUACUUCUACAUCGCUGUGUCUCGGAAUGUGACCUCACCCCCACUUCUCUUGAAUUCUGUGCGCUUGGCCUUCAGGAAUGAUGUGGAAUGUACCCCUGUGAUGGCAACACACACUUUUGCCCUAUUCUGGUUUCCAUUUAACUCCUGUGGUACCACAAGACGGAUCACUGGAGACCAGGCAGUAUAUGAAAAUGAGCUGGUUGCAGCUAGAGAUGUUAGAACUUGGAGCCAUGGUUCUAUCACCCGUGACAGUAUUUUCAGGCUCCGAGUUAGCUGCAGCUACUCUAUAAGUAGCAAUGCCUUCCCAGUUAAUGUCCACGUGUUUACAUUUCCACCACCGCAUUCUGAGACCCAGCCUGGACCCCUCACUCUGGAACUCAAGAUUGCCAAGGAUAAGCACUAUGGUUCCUACUACACUGCUGGUGACUACCCAGUGGUGAAGCUACUUCGGGAUCCCAUUUAUGUGGAGGUCUCUAUCCGCCACAGAACAGACCCCCACCUGGGGCUGCUCCUCCAUUACUGUUGGGCCACACCCAGCAGAAACCCACAGCAUCAGCCCCAGUGGCUCAUGCUAGUGAAAGGGUGCCCCUACACUGGAGACGACUAUCAGACGCAGCUGAUUCCUGUCCAGAAAGUCCUGGAUCCUCCAUUUCCAUCUUACUACCAGCGUUUCAGCAUUUUUACCUUCAGCUUUGUAGACUCGGUGACAAAGUGGGCACUCAGGGGACCGGUGUAUCUGCACUGUAGUGCGUCUGUCUGCCAGCCUGCUGGAACACCGUCCUGUAUGAUAACCUGUCCUGUUGCCAGGCGAAGAAGAAACUCUAACAUCCAUUUUCAGAACCAUACUGCUAGCAUUUCUAGCAAGGGUCCCAUGAUUCUACUCCGAGCCACUAAAGACUCAGAAAAGCUCCAUAAAUACUCAAGUUUUCCUGUAGACUCUCAAACUCUGUGGAUGGCAGGCCUUUCUGGGACCUUAAUCGUUGGAGCCUUGUUAGUGUCCUACUUAGCUAUCAGGAAAUAGAGAUGAAUUAUUCCAGUUGUGUUAAUAAAACCAGACUGUACUAAUAGCCUGUGUCCUGCUUCUCACUUGAAAGUAAGUAAUCUAUCUGCUGUUGGCAUCUCGUCUUUCCAGCUCGGGGCAGUAUUUUGUGUGGCAAUAGAAUAAGAAGCAUGAUACCCUAGGUCUCUACUCCAGCCCUUCUAGCUUCUGAAUAGAACACAUUUCAGUAGAUUUAGAGUUGGUUGACAAGUUAGGUAGUAUAUAUGAGCUAAAUACAGAGGGUUAUAAACUUAAGAGGAGUAUAGAACUAAACUCUUCCACAAGAUAAAACUAAGAUAGAACUAUUCUAGAGCUAGUCUGGAAUACUCUAGACCACUGGUUUUCCAAUUCUAGUGUCAUCGGGAUCAAAAGGAGGGCUGAUGAAAACCAAUUACUGGCCCCACCCCCAGAGUUUAAGUGGGUCUGGGCUAAGGCUUAAGAAUUUGCAUUUCUAACCAUUUCUCAGGUGACUAUGAUCUUAAGCAUCAUACUGCAAACCAAGGUCUAGAACAGUGACAAAGUAUCUGAUCAUGAAUUGGUCAAUUGGAAGUGGUUUGAUCAGAAGCUUAGUUUUGGGCCGGACCAGCAAGUACUUUCCUAGUUUAAUAGUUUUUUUUUAUUAUUUUUAUUUAUUUAUGAGAGAGAGAGGCUCCAUGCACCGGGAGCCCGACGUGGGAUUCGAUCCCGGGUCUCCAGGAUUGCGCCCUGGGCCAAAGGCAGGGCUAAACCGCUGCGCCACCCAGGGAAUCCCUAGUUUAAUAGUUCUUAAGACUGAUAUAAAAACAGCAAUUCCUCAAGGCAAAUAUCCUGCUCAAAGAACGCUCUAGUAACUAACACUAUUGGCCAUACUCUGGCAGUCUCUACUCUCACGGUGAAGUUCUAAAAUUAAUCCUAGUUAACCAGUUCCCCAUUUGUCCUAAGGAGCUAACUCUGGG